CUGGGUAGGAUGUGGGUUUGGCUCCACCCUAACCUCCACCUGCUACACCGAGCCCACAGAGAGCUUUGGCUCUCUGAGUCAUGAACCCAACCAGAUAGUGUGUCACUGGGUAUCAUAGAAAGGAACCCUGUGCCUGCUUUGGGACUGAGGAAGAAGAAGAAUGUAACUGAAAGAGUGCUGACUUCUACUACCAGAUGGCUCAUCCGCCCUCCUGGAGGAGAUUCCAAGCAUGUCCGCCACCCAGGGAGAGAGGUCAGGAGGACAUUUGGGUUUCACCGGGAUGGAGGCUCUCCCUACAGAGCAUCCACGAGGCCCUAGAGACACCUGGCUUGGCCUGCCCACACUGCCAGUGGGCCUUGGCUUCCUUCGGCAGUAAAGAAGAGUCUGAGGCAAUGUCCUCCGAUACUCUCCUUAUAGCAGAUAGCUCCUCCCCAACCCCCAAUCUCUGUGCCACAGCAGGAGCCGGGUGAGUGUGGCUACUAGAAGCUGGCCUUAAUGAAGGCUGUGAAAAUUGGAUUCUGCGGGCAGCAUGCCCAGUUCUGCCUAGUGAGGUGGGGUGGGGUGAGAUGGCCUCCUCCUCCUCCUGGCCUUCCCUUCCGUGUGUCCUCCCUAGCUGUUAUGUUCCCCCCUCACCCCACCCCCAUCUCUGAUACCAUCCUCUUGUAAUAGGGACUGAAGAAACCUGGGUUGGUGUCUACUGGCCUUUGUACUCUUCUCUACCUAGGUUUCAGAUGAGUGCACAUCAGAAAGCCUAGGUGACCAACGAGAUCAUUCCGAUGCUGCCCUACUCCCACCUGGCCGUGCUGGUACCCGUGUUCCUGCUCACCGACUACCUGCGAUACAAGCCAGUCCUGGUCCUGCAGUGCCUGAGCUUCGUGUGCGUGUGGCUGUUGCUGCUGUUUGGCACCUCGGUAGCGCACAUGCAACUCAUGGAAGUCUUCUACAGCGUUACCAUGGCGGCGCGCAUUGCCUACUCCUCCUACAUAUUCUCCCUGGUGCACCCCUCCCGCUACCAGCGCAUGGCCAGCUACUCCCGGGCGGCGGUACUGCUGGGAGUCUUCAUCAGCUCUGUGAUGGGCCAGAUGCUGCUCACGCUGGGACGGAUCUCCACCUAUAUGCUCAACUGCAUCUCCCUGGGCUUCAUCCUCUUCAGCCUGGGCCUCUCCCUCUUUCUAAAGCGUCCUAAGCGGAGCCUCUUUUUCAACCGAAGUAUACAUGUGCGUGGAGCUUUGCCCUGUGAACUGGAUCAGAUGCACCCGGGGCCCGGCCGGCCAGAGCCUGGGAAACUAGAGCGUGUGCUGGGCACUUGCAGGGACUCCUUCCUGGUGCGCAUGCUAAGUGAACUGGUGGAAAAUGCCCGGCAACCACAGCUGCGUCUCUGGUGCCUCUGGUGGGUCUUCAACUCUACAGGCUACUACCUGAUCACCUACUAUGUACAUGUCCUGUGGAAAAACAUUGACAACAACCUCAACUACAAUGGCGCCGUAGAUGCUGCCUCCACACUGCUGAGCGCCAUCACGUCCUUCUCCGCGGGCUUCGUGAACAUCCGCUGGGCUCUGUGGUCCAAGCUGGUCAUCGCAAGUGUGAUAGCCAUCCAGGCCGGCCUGGUCUUCUGUAUGUUACAGACCCAAAACAUCUGGGUCUGCUACGUGACCUUCGUGCUUUUCCGUGGGGCCUACCAGUUCCUUGUGCCCGUUGCCACUUUUCAGAUUGCAUCGUCCCUGUCUAAAGAGCUCUGUGCAUUGGUCUUCGGGAUCAAUACUUUCCUCGCCACUGCACUUAAGACCUCCAUCACGCUCGUGGUCUCUGACAAGCGGGGUCUGGGUCUCCAAGUCAGUAAGCAGUUCAGUAUCUACUUUGUAUACUUCCUGAUGAUGUCUGUCACCUGCUUUGCCUGGGCUGGGCUGGAUGGCUUGAGGCACUGCCGGCGUGGCCGCCACCAGCCCCUGGCCCAGGCCCAGGAGCUGAGGAGUCCCUUGGAGAAUUCUGUGCAGGCGAUAAGCCUACCGGAUGGAGACCUAAGAGGACCACAGCCCUCAGCACCACCACAGCUGCUCUCAGAGGAUGGCAUGGAGGACAGCAGGGGGGACCUGAGAGUCGAAGCCAAGGCUUGACCUGUCUUGACCUUCCUAGCUUCAUCCCAGUUCAGUAGCCGGAUUCCUGACUCCGAGUCCUGACUCAGACUCCUGUGUGCACUCCAUCCUCAACCAGCCUGGGCCUGAUGCCACAGUGCUCCCAGUCUACGUUGCCUUGACUCUCAGCGCCCAAGACAUGUGGGGGCCCCCUGUUGCCUUUCAGGAGCCCUCAAGUUAGGCCACAGAACUCUACUUAGGGGCCACCUGUUUUAACUGAGGGGCGAUAGAUAGCAUGUCCUUCUGGUAGCCUCUGAGGACCCUAAACAAGCCUACUCCAUGCUUUAGCAAUGGCUGGGGCCUGCUACAGACACCCAGGGCAGCUCCCUGGCUUUGUAAAAUGCAUACCAGGCCACUGCAAGCCUGGGUUGCCUAUUGCUUGCCAAGAAGAACCUGUGUUGGGGUCAACUAUGCCCACCAGGCCGAUCUGCCCUUUGCUCUGGGAAGCUCAGGACAAAUCACGUCUGCCCCCAGGGCUAGUGAGAUAGCCCGGACACCAGCCAAUGUCCACUGAGCCUGCAGGGUGCCAGUUGCCUGUCCCAGGCUCCUGGCUAAGCUGCCAUCCUUCCACUGUCGGAGGUGCUUGUUUGAGUGGUUAUCUGAGUUUUUUUUUUUUUUUAAACUUGACAUUAAAAUGGAGAACU